UUUAAAUUGAGGGUUUUUAUGACAGUAAAAGUAUGAGUAAACACUUUUUAGAAGCCAUUGGAUUUUUGAAGCAUCUAAUGUUUUCAAAGUGCCCAUUGAAUUGUUGAAGCAUCUCAUGUUUUCAAAGUGAUCUACUGAAACAUGCAAGUAUCACGUGCAGGUACGUCUUGCUCAGAGAAGUCGAUCUGAUGUACUGUCAGGCUCCAAGAAAAAACAGAUGGCCGCGAUUGUCGCUUUACAACCUGUAGCAACUGCUCAACGUAAGGGUUGCCACAUUGCGUCCUUCACCAGCAUCCUUGGCCCUUUUUCAAGGGGGGAAGAGGCUAGCAAGGAUGUGCUGAAGGAUGUAACUCGGCAACCUUUAAUGAACGCCUCCGCAACGUAGGAAGGGCACUCCAGCAAUCGCUGAGUCGGUCCUUCGCUGGAGGUUCCGCGACAACAAGCUCCUCUUCUAGUACGGAAAGAACUUCUAAUCAUGGUACGGAAAGAACUUCUACUGGUCAAGAAGACCACGGCGAGGAUGAGGAGCUCAGUCUCGCUACACGUGCUUUUCUAGGCCACAACAAUUAAGGCCUCCCCUGCUAACCCUAAACCCUCUUUCCCAUUUUUACAAGCAUCCUGGAGACGUUUCGUUCCAAAUGGAAGGGGUGGUCUAGGAUGGUCCUCAAGCUAACAAUAUCGUCCUUAAGCUCUAAGACAGCAACAAUAUCGUCCUUAAGCUCAAGAUUUCAGGAUGUCCCUUAAGCUCUAAGACAGCAACAAUAUCGUCCGAGGGGGGGAACAAGAAGGUCUUGGACGAAAUAUGAGAGGACGCGGGCGGUUGCCCCUCAAUGA